AUGGGCUGCUCCGUGUCAUGCGUGGCCGGCCAUGCUGAGUCUGCUGCUGACAUCAAAAAGGCCAUCUCCCUCGCACCGCACCGUGUUAGGGGUGUCAUCCACCUGGCCAUGGUUCUCAGGGACUCUCCCGUAGCGGACAUGGCCUACAACGAUCGGAUUGCUGCGAACGAGCCCAAGGUCACAAGCGCGUGGAACCUCCACCAGGCCCUGGCCGACACGCCGGUGGACUUCUUCGUCAUGGCCAGCUCCCUCGUUACGGUCGUCGAGCAGCCGGGCCAAGGCAACUAUAGCGCCUCCAACACGUUCCUCGAGGCUUUUACGCAGUACCGGCGGUCGCUGGGGCUGCCCGCUAGUGUGCUCAACAUCUGCCCCAUCGAGGACGUCGGCUUCGUCGCUGAGAACCCCGUCGCGCGUCGCAACAUGAAGGCGCAGGGUCUCUACUUCCUUGCCGAGAAGGAGAUGCUGGACUUUUUGGAGCUCUCCAUCAAGCUCUCUCCAGCCUCGGAAUUCACAAGUUCGCACCUGCACACCACCAACGCCGGGGGUCACUCGGUUGAGAGACUGCGCUAUGCGGACCCCUGGACGACACUGGCCAGCACGCGGACCAACUGGCGGCGCGAUCGGCGAAUGGGGUUCUACCACAACGUGCAGGCCAACGGGAACGCGCUCUCCUCCCGGGCCGGGCGGUCAGCGAACGAGGUCCUGUCCAGAUUUUUGGAGCAUGCGACAGCUAGCCUGGCUACGUUGGGCGAGGCCAAGAGUGUCGACUUCCUGGCUCGCCAGGUUGGCGCCAAGGUCUUCAGCCUCAUGCUCAAAGAGAACGACGAGGUCGUCGACACGUCCCUGACGCUGCAGCAGAUCGGGCUAGACUCUCUCAUGGCUAUUGAGCUGCGUCGCUGGUAG